AUGCCGAAACGUUAUGACGUUGGAACCGGGGCCCACGAGUAUCCAGCCACAGCACGUGAUCGGUACCGCCAGGUCUACUUUGAAGCAUUCGAUUUGGUGAUCGCGUGUAUCAAGGACAGAUUCGAUCAGCCAGGCUACAAAACCUACAGAUCCCUCCAAGACCUUCUGGUGUGCUGCGCCUGUGGUGGUGACUACGCCACUCAUCUGCGGAGCGUGAUGGACUUCUACAGGGACGACUUCAACGAGCAGGCGCUCACCACUCAGCUGGAGACGUACCAGGUCGCCGUACGGGACAAGAAGGUCAAGACCAUCACGGACAUUGUCACGUUCUUCCGCGACUUGUCUCCUGAGACUCGCCUCUUUUUCUCGGAGGUGAUGCGCGUCCUCCGCCACGUCCUGGUAAUGCCCGCCACCAACGCCACCAGCGAGAGGUCCUUCUCCGGCCUGAGACGCCUGAAGACGUACCUCCGGACGUCUAUGACACAGGAGAGACUCACCCACCUCAUGACGCUCCACGUGCACAGGUGUGCUACCGACGCAAUGGACUUGUUAGAUGUUGCCAAUGAGUUCGUCAGUGUGAAUGAAUCACGGUUAACUAUCUUCGGGAAGUUUUCAUAG